AUGGACUUGCCAAAGAACCUCUACAAGGACGUUGAUUGCACAAGGCGAUGGCCUGGGGGCAAUCCUUCUUCACGCUUCGCAUGGAACGUGAGUCUAUCAAAUCCAACCAAGGCCGAUAGACAAGAAGAUAACCCGAAAUCCGACGAUGUAACUCAGCCAACAAGGGGGCGUACCCCCACUGGUUCCCCACGGGACACAGUCCUGCACAGGAAGUGCAUCAUCUACUUCUGUAUCUCAAUCGACAAGAAGGCACACGAAUUAUGCGGAGUGUCGAUUGUCGUCAUCCAAACUAGCAUUGGCAAGCCGAUCCCAUUCCUAUUGAUGACGAAGGAGCAUCAGUUCGUGCAUCCAAGAACACUUAUGAGAAGUAUCUCGGGACUAAUUCGUUGGGUGAUCAAGGGUAAAGUCGGCGAAGAUUUUACAGCUAAACUGAACACUUACCACCAUGCGAAGAAAGACUCUGCUACACCAGAUUGUCGUUAG